AUUAUUAUUUUCUAGAAAAUUAUCACUCAACGCAGCGCGAGCGAUUGUGCAGAAGACCAGGCUCAAUAGCAAAAGCCAUUUUCUUACUUCUGCUCGACUUCAAUUUGCAAUCGAUUCCCAUUGAGAUCCACCGAGUCCUUUGCCCUUUCAGAAACCCUCACCCUAAUUCUGCUUUAGCUGCAAGUUCUCGUUCUCGGCGAAAUGGUACCCAAUGAAGGGAUGUUGCAACAGAAAAGAGAAAGGCUGAAGACUAUAUUGUCACAAAAGAAAAGAGGACGAAGAAGAAAAAGAAGCCAGUUGCUACUCCUCGUCCUACAUGCUCAUGGGUGUACUUUAGCCGGGAGUUUAUCAAGGAGUAUAGUGCUUCCCAUCCCGAGUCCUCUGGUCUUAAAGCUGCCACAAAGGCUGCAUCGGAUGCUUGGAAGUGUAUGAGCUUUGAAGAGAAAGCAAAAUACACUAAUCAUGCUCGUGAAGUGUGGGAUAACUACUUGAGUACAACUCCUGCUCGCACCCCCAAGCCAAGGAAACAGACUAAACUAGUCACAAGAUGUUCUCCGGGACGUUUAUUCAAUGUAUUACAGCGCCUCACACCUGAGCAGAAGACUGCAGUGAAGAGCAUGGGAUUUGGCAGCCUCCUCGACCUAAGAUGUAGGACACUCCGCCGUAGUUUGUGCCUAUGGUUAUUGGAGAGGUUCAAUACUACAAGACGAAGCUUGGAGAUUUGUGGUGAGUGGAUUCCUUUAUCUCCAAAAGAUGUAGAGGUUGUGAUGGGAUUAGUAGCUAGUGGAAAAGAUGUAGUGAACUCAGGGCCAGAUGAUUUAAUCGCAGACUUACGUUGUAGUUACAAUGCUACAAAUCGUGGGAUUUCAGUACGACUUCUAGAGGAGCGACUGGCAGCUCCAGAAGCAGGAGAGGAUUUUAAGAGGUCAUUUGUCCUCUAUGCCUUGGGCACUCUUUUGUCCCCAACAGCGAGGUUGGAUGUUAGCCCAUCAUUCCUCCAUUUUUUGACAAAUAUGGAUGCUGUCCAUCAGUACAACUGGGGAAAAUUCUUGCUUGACCGGCUAGUUCGAGAAGUAUCUCGCUUUCGUCAAGGGAAGCAACGGGCAGUUGGUGGUUGUCUUUUGUUUCUCCAGCUCUUUUACUAUGAGAGCAUCUCUGUUGAUGGACCAGGUCCUUUUGCCACUGCAGUUGUUCCAUGCUUGUCUUCAUGGGGUGAGGAGGAGAUUACUGAGAGAGAAAAACGAGAAAGAGAGCUAGGUGGUUAUGGUUUAGGAGAGGUGAUCUGCAAGGAACGUUGUCUUGGUAUGGAGCCGUCAGAGUGCAGGGAUCAAUUGGAUGGCCCACCAGUACACAGCAUAACCACCACGGUUGUGCGUGGCCCUACUUUUGGCCAGGAGGGGAAUCAGGCUGACAAAGCAAAAAUGAACGGGCAGAUUACUAUGCGUGAGGAAGAUAUGCCAAUUCUUAUCAGGAGUAAAGAUGUAGUCUGUGGGGACAUUGAGGUGGUUGUUGAUUCAGUCAGAAUGGCUUGCAGGAACAGUGAGUAUGGGUGCAAUGAAACAGUGGAUUACAUUAACAACUUCCAUGAAGAAACAUGCACUUACGCUCCAUGUUCAUGCCCGCUGCCAGAUUGCGACUUUAUUGGUUCAUCUGAUCAGUUGUCACUACACUUCAGCAGUAAACAUUGGGAUUCUGGAAGGCGCUUCAGGUAUAAUGUGCCGUUGGCCGUCUCCUUAAGGAUGAAGGAGCAAUUCCUUGUUCUCCAAGCAGAAGAGGAUGGUGUUCUUUUUCUCCUCAACAGGAGUGUUGAAAGUAUUGGGAACGCGGUCAUGUUAACCUGUGUUGGGCCAAGCUCUUCAAAGGCAAGGUUCUUGUAUGAUCUUGUAUCGGUAAGAGGAAGCAGCAGCACUUUGAGAUUAAAGUCAGUGACGGAGAAUUUUCCUGGACGGUUAGAAGGUUUUCCGCCAUUGGAUUUUCUUCUAAUUCCAUUUCGUUAUGUUAGUUUUUCUGGGCAUAUCAACUUGGACGUCUGUAUAUGGAAUUCUACAGAUAUUGAUGCUGACUGUCCUUAAUUAUUAUAUUACUUGCAAUAAAA